UACACGCACACCCACCCCGUUACGCAUUCUGGGUCUUCGGUUCUAAUUAGCAAUGGGAGAGCGGCUACUAAUGCAACAGAUGCUCCGGUCCCCAGCCUCCUAGCAAACGGAUUCUUGGUGGAAAGAUGGAUGAACACUUACCAGAACAGCACACUACUCCAAGGAUGGUCAACCUAUCAAAGACUGGUAAUGAAUCUCCCAUUUUACCAAGUGUUGAAGAAGCUGACAAAAAGUAUGAUAUUCAGGAUGAUGUACAUAUUGCAGACACAAGAUGUGAAAAAAGCACUUUAAGCAUAGAAAAUAAAGAGUUAAUACUGGAUCCCACCUUUUCAUCUAUUGAUUUAAAUGAGGAUGGAGAUGUAAUUGAAGCACAACCUGCUCCAAAUUUUAACAGAGACUGCUGUGAGUUAAAAGUAAAAGAAUCCAAGGAAGCAGAUUGCUUGUCCAGUGAACAAAGUGAACAAAAGGUUUUGAAAACAGAGGACAAAAAUCAAUCCUUGACGGACCUAUUUCAAGAUCAUGUGAAAAGACCUUAUGGGGUCUGUUCAGAGAGCCCAUAUGACACGGAUUACACUAAGAACCUUAUCUCAAAUCUAGAGAAUGCUUCCUCUCAGGAGGCUUUGCUAGAAGAAAUUGAAUCUGAGCUCCUGUCAACAGAUUUGUUGAAAAAUUCUACACUUUCAAACGGAAUGUGCAAUACCAAGGCUACCUUGGCUGUAUUUGAAAAAUGCAUUCAAGAUAAAUAUUUACAGCAAGAGCACAUAAUAAAGAAAUUGAUUAAAGAAAACAAGAAGCAUCAGGAACUAAUUUUGGACAUUUGUUCAGAAAAGGACAACUUAAAAGAUGAGCUGAAGAAGAGAACAGAAACUGAAAAGCAACACCUUAAUAUAAUUAGACAGCUGGAAAUGAGAGUAGAAGACCUCCAGAAAGAAGCUAAAACACUUAAAGAUAAACUUGUAUCUCAGGAUGCUGCUGCAAAAAAUGCUAUACAGCAAUUGCACAAAGAGAUGGCCUUUCGUACAGAUCAGGCAAACAAGAAAUGUGAAGAAGCCCGUCAAGAAAAGGAAGCUAUGGUCAUGAAGUAUGUUAGAGGAGAAAAGGAGUCCUUGGACCUGAGAAAGGAAAAAGAGAUCCUUGAAAGAAAACUCAGAGAUGCAAACAAAGAUAUUGAAAAACAUACUAACAAAAUCAAGCAGCUUUCCCAGGAAAAAGCAAGAUUGCACCAACUAUUCGAAAGCAAGGAAAAUGAAACCACCAGAAUGUCACGAGAUAUUGAAAAAUUAAAAGAAGAAGUCAAUUCUUAUGUGAUCAAAGUAAAAUGGGCUCAAAACAAAUUAAAGGCUGAAGUGGAUUUACACAAGGAAACCAAAGAUCGUCUUAAAGAGGCAACAGCAAAGUUAACUCAAGCCAAGGAGGAAGCUGACCAGAUACGAAAAAAUUGCCAAGAAAUAAUAAAAACAUAUCAGGAGUCUGAAGAAAUUAAAUCCAAUGAAUUGGACCUAAAACUUCGACUUACCAAAGGAGAAUUGGAGAAACAAUUGCAAGAGAAAUCUGAUCACCUAGAGGUCCAUCAUGCCAAGAUAAAAGAACUUGAAGAUGUGAAGAGAACAUUUAAGGAAGGCAUGGAUGAAUUGCGAACGUUAAGGACAAAGGUCAAAUGUUUAGAAGAUGAACGGUUGAGAACAGAAGAUGAGUUAUCAAAAUACAGAGAACUUAUUAAUCGACAGAAAGCUGAAAUUCAUAAUUUGCUAGAGAAAGUGAAAACUGUAGACCAGUUGCAGGAGCAACAUCAAAGAGAUGAACAAGAAAUGAACUCUUGGAAGGAAGAAGUGGAUAGUCUGAACACUCUGCUUAGUGACUUCCAGAAGGACAUAGAUGGCAGUCGGAAAAGAGAAUCUGAGCUAUUGGUGUUCACCGAAAAGCUAACCACGAAGAAUGCCCAACUCCAGUCAGAAACCAACUCCUUACAGAUGCAGCUUGAUAAGCUAACUUUCAUGGAGAGAGAGUCUCAGAAUCAGCUGGAGCUUGUUAAUCAAGCAAGAGAUGAACUGGCAAAUAAAUUGAAGAAGGAAGACGAGUUCCACAGAAACAAGGUCCAGAUGCUGGAGAUGGAACUGGCAUCUCAACAGAAAUCAUUUGCAGACUUGAACACCAAGGCAGGGGAAUUAAAAGAUGAGCUCAUGACGCAGAAACGAAAACAUGCUGCAAAUCUUAAAGAUCUCACUAAGCAACUUCAGCAAGCACGAAGAAAAUUGGAUAACCUUGAAAAUGGCAGUUGUGAUAAAGAAGUCAGCAGCAUGGGGAGUCGUUCCAGCUCAUCAGGGUCUCUUAAUGCUCGGAGCAGCAAUGAAGAUCGUUCACCAGAAAACACUGGCUCUUCAGUAAUAGUUGAUCAUUUUCCUGAAGUGGACAAGACUAUCUUGAUUGAGCGGAUAGUAAGGCUACAGAAAGCACAUGCUCGAAAAAAUGAAAAGAUGGAGUUCAUGGAGGAUCAUAUCAAACAACUAGUGGAAGAAAUCCGGAAAAAAACCAAAAUAAUCCAGAGUUACAUUUUGCGGGAAGAAGCUGGCACGCUUUCAUCUGAAGCAUCGGAUUUCAAUAAAGUACAUUUAAGUCGGCGUGGUGGUAUCAUGGCCUCUCUCUAUACAUCACACCCUGCAGACAGCGGACUCACAUUAGAACUCUCUCUGGAGAUAAACAGGAAACUUCAGGCAGUCCUGGAGGAUACCUUAUUGAAAAAUAUUACCUUAAAAGAUAACCUACAAACUCUUGGAACUGAAAUAGAACGAUUAAUUAAGCAGCAACAUGAAUUAGAACAGAGGCUGAAGCAGACAUAACUGAGACCAAGAUCAGAAAAGUAGAUAUUCCAGCUUUGAUGAUUAUAUAAAAUUGGAUGGCCAGAUAUGUGUCAUCAGUCUAACGAAGUUUUAACAAAACAAAGUUGACUGUGAACAACUUUGACUUGUCUGGUUUGCUUAAACAAAUGGAGACCUUGAACUUUUCUGAACAUACUUUCAUCCAUCACUGAAAUUAGUCAUAUCAACACUUGCAGCUUCUUCUUGUUAGAGAGAAUGCAACCACUCUGCUUUGUGCAAUUAAAAAACCAACUUUUAAAAAUG